AUGUUGAGAGCUUGUGCAUUGCAAUUUCGGGGCGACUGGGAUGAGAAGUUGCCACUUAUGGAGUUUGCCUAUAAUAACAGUUACCAUGCGAUGGGUGAGCACAGAUUGGAAGUGUCAGAUGAUGUUGAACGGAUGAAGGAACAUAGCGCGACGAAACGAGUCCGUAGACACGGAGUGGACUCGAAUCGGAGUUGUAACAAAGAAAAUACGGUCAAAAUACGUAGAAGGGCAAAACGCCCCCCCCCCUCCCCUGUUUUUUUAACCCGUCACCUUUUCUCCUCCAUAACCACCGCCACCGUGAACCAUCGGCCACGAGACCGGAUCCGUUCGAACCGUCAUCCUUCCCCCGUCCCGUCCCGACCAGCCUCAACCAUCGCCGACCACGGAGCUCGCCGAAAACUGAAGAAAACUUGCCGGCUUUCAUUCGAUUUUCCAGGCUUUCGUUCUCCGUCAUCCGGCCACCAAAUCAGACGAGUGAGGUAUGGUUUUCUAGCUAUUUUCCAUGCUCUAGCUGCUGGUUGGGUUUCAGCCGAUUUUGAGAGUGUGAUUCCGACCACUUUUUGGGGUAAGUCCAAGGACAAAAGUGGUUCCAAAAUGGGUGUUUUACCUAAGUUAGAAGUUUGGACCGGCGGUUUGGAGUUUUUUUCGGCUGCUAGGAAUUUAUCAAGCCACCCACGCACUGCCGGCGCAUGUGGCGGCGCGUGGGCAGUUUGGUGGGGACCACAUUCAAUCCUAGAAUGA